AUGAGCGAAAAGGCUCGUUUGAAAUGUACCGUCUACGUGGGGGGGCUGGAUCAGGCCGUGACGAUGCAGACGCUGGCCGAGGCAUUCGUUCCUUUUGGUGAAGUCGUCGAUAUCACCCUCCCCAAGCCCGAUCUCCCCAACUCCAACGAACUCCACCGCGGAUUCGGCUAUGUGGAGUUCGACCUGCCCGAGGAUGCGAAAGAGGCGAUCGACAACAUGGAUGGGAGCGAACUCUACGGCCGGACGAUCAAGGUUGCUGCUGCCAAGCCGCAGAAGGAUAGCAACGAAGGGCUCGGCAGCAAGACAGCUAUUUGGGAGCAGGAGGGCUACCUGGCCAAAUACGCUGUCGAUGAGGAAGACAAAUUGGCCGCCGAAGAGGCGCAGGCCAACGGGAACGAACGUCAAGACCCCAUGCAGGGAUUGGAGGAGCUGGACGUGGCCGGACCCAAGCCGGAGUGA